AUGGCUGCAAGAAGAGCAAAAGGAAAAGACAGCAAACCAAACACCGUCAUAGCCAUUGAUAAAGAUAAGAACAGCCAACACGCUUUGAAGUGGGCUGUUGAGAAUAUUGUUGUCGAUUCUCCAAAUUGUAUCCUUCUUCAUGUUCAAACCAAAUUAAGAAUUGGUGCAGCAGGAGAGAACACAGAAGCACCACAUGACAACCAAGAAGAGGCGCAUCAAUUCUUCCUUCCCUUCAGAGGAUUCUGUGCUCGAAAAGGGAUUAUAGCAACGGAGGUUCUUCUCCAUGAUAUUGACAUCUCAAGUGCAAUCGUUGACUACAUCAACAACAACUCCAUUGCAAACAUAGUCCUUGGAUCCUCUGCAAGAAACUCCUUCCUCAAGAAGUUUAAGAGCGCAGAUGUGCCAACGACUCUGCUUAAAACAACACCAGACACAUGUGCUGUCUUUAUUGUGUCUAAAGGGAGGCUCUUAGCAAGCAGAUCAGCGAGUCGUCUUCAGACACCGCAACACUCUCCCCACCCCACAAAACAACCUGGACUCUCUAUGGUAUCAGAUCCUGGCCCAACAAGCUCCACUUCUUCUAGUGAAUCCGGAAGGUAA